AGCUCCAGAGACGCUAACCUUCUGUAAGGAGGAUGAUAUUGAGCUCUAUCAAAUGUACGAGGCUUGAUAAGCCAAGCAAGGUGAAAUGAAGUAACUAAUGCAAAAACUGACACCUUCCUACUCCGUAUAAUAUACAGGGAGGUAAGUUGGUACUAUUAUUGCCAGGGGUGACUCCAACAUCACCUUGAAACGACACACACAGCAGGAGGCGUUGGCUCGCAUGACACGGGAUACGGGGACCUCCAUGUUUCCUUGUUUAGUAUCUGUGGUACUAUGUGGUGACAGCAGCUAAAAGCCUUACGAAUCUCCGUACGGAGGACGUUUCGCAGGCUAAUCAGUGUUGAUACGCCAACGUUAACCAAUGUAUUGUGAUUUGCAGGAACCGUGAUACCUACAAGCGAGCCUAUAUCUGAUUUCCCACGAUCCUGUAUGCAUGUUAUACCAAACGCCGUGUUCUGGUUGGCUGUCCACUGCUGCCACCAAGAUUACUCCGGACUCUUGAGCGGCUCAGGUCCCGCUUUGAGAGAUACCUGGGCACAGCGCAUCAACUCCACUUGGCUGAAAUGCAAUGACCAUUCUUUGAACCCUCUCCUCCCCUGCCGCGCUUUCGAUUCAAGGAGAGGGCGGCAAGUCACAGGCAUGAGCUCCCUUGUUUGGCCGGACUAUUGCCUAACGCAGACUCUCACAAGUUGGCUCUCUGCCGGCCCUUGAGCGGUGUACCCUGAGACUUUUCGUCAUUCCUUGCUCUAGGUCUUUUGCCCUUCCCCAGAAGUACGUUCUCUGCUGAAUAGCGCCGUACGACAGCUGGGACGUUGGGAGCGAUCCAGGCCCUUCUCUUGGUAUCUUGGCUUGCACACAUGCUUACACCUCCCGUUUCUUUCGCGACAAGUUGACUUCGAACUUUCUGACUGCAUUGGUUUCAAUCAAAUGCAGCAUGUAGGAGGUAUAACACGGAGCAUGUGUUGCUGUCAACCUGUGGACCACGAGUGUGCGCUUGUUCUUUUGGCUGUUUUCACGGUAAUGACAAGCUGUUGCGGCGAGUUUGGCUGGCUCGAAUGAACAUCGUGGCAAUGCGCCAUGCGCGAUGUAUUAGGUUUGCUUCCUGCAUGUCGAUCGAUGGUGCCUUGGUGUUUGUUGGCAAACAUUGCCGAUUCGGCCGUUUCUAUGGCUCGUUGGCCCGCGACAAUUCCAACAGCUCCCCCCUGCUGAGCCAGCACCACCUCACCUUGCCAGCCAGCUCUUCUGAUAAACAUCAUUUCCGAGUAAAGCGGCUCACAUCACUUAAAAUGGUAGGCUGGGGACUGCGCCGAUCCUAAGCUAACAUAACUAAAUCUCCAAAAGCAAUAACUAGAGGCGGUGCUCAAGCCUUGGAUUUCGAUCAUUUGUAUCUUCCCCAGUUAAAAGAAAUAUCGUACGAUGAGAUCUUCGACCUCAAAAUUGAGUCUUCCAUCAAUCUUGCCAUUUGUCCCCUGUUGGAUAGCUGUCUAACUGCCUUCAAUCACCCCCUUUGUCAACUGAUCUUUUUGCCAGAACAGCCAAAAACCUCCUUGCUCGCUACUCUGUGCUCACCCUCCAUCCAACUUCUUUCCGGUAAGAAGACCUGAUAGCAUUUUGUUGGUAUAAGUUCAAAUGUCUCUGACAGCAACUAGAUACUACCACCAUCGCCCUGCACAAGGUUCUUGUCACCGCCCAACAAUGCAUUUCUCUCAAGUGAUAAUUGCCGCUCUGCUGGUAGCCUGCGCAUCUGCUCAACAGCUCAACAAGGGUGAGACCUGUACCUCCAACCGCGAUUGCGAAGCCCGUUGCGGUGGCGGCGAGUUUGGCAUAGCUUCGGGAAAAUUUGUCUGCUCGAAUGACAAUGGAAAGAAUGAAAAAGAGUUCACCUGUUCGGGUUGUACGAAUCUUGAAGAUCAGUACCGUUUAGCCAAAGUCUCGGAAUUGUGUACGGAGGUGAUAGUCCAAGGGGACAAGGAUGUAUACUGUAUCGCUCAGGAUAAUGGCUUUGCUGCUGAUUGUGAAUAUUACGGUGGAACGCUGAAGAAGGUCACAGAGCUUUCCACUUAUGACGAUGCAGUGAAUGCUUGCAAGAAGGCAUCGGGACAAUAAAUUUAGUUAGACGAACAUUACGGAAUCGAUCUUGUUUUCUAUUUAGUUAGCUAACUAUAGCCAUCGCUUUUCUAGCAGGGGAUUUUGGCAAACUCCCCAUCUCCCCCUUUUUAUCGAGGUAGUUCUAUCAGGAGACGAAGGCUGAAGCUCGUCGCUUUGUUUUGGAGGCCAUUCUACUCUUUUGACAUUGGACCGGACAACAUGUUGAAGUAGAAACCCAGGAGACGAUGCAUGUUCGGGUUCCGGGAGCUUCCCCAGGCUCCUCCAGGCUCGGCUUUCGGGCGACGAACAACCAUGCACUACGUGGCAGUUAAUCAAUGACGUUAAUCUUUAGUCACAAUAAGUUAACUUAAUGUAGGAUGUUCAAUGUUGUCGACCCAGCGUAAGACUCGGAUUUAGCUCAAGCCCGCCUUGACUACCAACAAUUGGAACAUAAAGAGCGCUCUCGCAGCCUGACCAAACGGUUGCAAAUUGCAGUAGUGUAUCCCCACUCACAGCUGGACCAAGUUUUUAUCUACUAGCCAUUUAUUCGCAUGCUAUCUUCUCACCGGCGGAACAGGCAAGUCUUCUACUCGCCUAGCUCGCUUCCUCCAGAAUGCAAAUUAUACUAUUCCUCCUCGCC